AUGUUAAGAAAAUUUUCUAGAAUAUCAAAUUAUUCUACUGGUGAAGAUGAUGAAACUUCUGGUUUUAGUGAUUUAUCAUAUGCUUCAAACAAUCAUGAUCAUGUAAAUCAUAAUAAUGGAAAAGGUAAAACAAAAUGGGGAACAGCAUUUAGAGUGAUGCAGGGUCUUCAUCGUUUUAAAAAUUUUAAAAACAUUAAGGAUAAUUUAUAUUGGUGA